AUGAACAACUUCGGGGUGAUAGAGCUCGCGAGCACGAAGACGACGAACGCUCCGGGCUGGGCCUAUGUGCCAGACACAGGGACGGGGCUGGGGCCUGCGGCAGCGUCGGCGUCGCUGCCGCCGGGGAACCGCAAGCGGGCGGCGCGCAGCGCGGCGGGCGGCGGCGGCGGGGGGGCCAACCUGAGCGCGCUGUGCGCCGACGCGGACGCGCGGCAGGAGGCGAAGCUGCGGCGCGAGAUCGAGGCGCUCGACCGCGACAACUACCACCGCGACGUGGCCAUCGCGGUCCCCGCGCCCGCGUCGCGGGGCGCCAGGAAGCACACCCCCAACGUCCGCAAGAUCCUCCAGUCCCAGAAGACGUUCGCGAACCACCUCGACGACUACGGCGCCCUGCUCGCCCACGCCGACACCACCAGCACCGCGGGCGCCCCUUCCGCAGCUGCUGCCGCCGUCGCCGCCGCCGGUGGAGGAGGAGGAGGAGGAGGAGGAGGAGGCACACCGGCCGCCGCCGCCGCCGGCUCCCGCCGAGCGACCGUAGCCGCGGCGCCCGCGCCCGCAGAGAAGCCGCAGCACAAGCGCCGGAAGUCGCAGGCGGCGCCGUCCCGCCGCGCCUCCGCGUCCGGGCGCAAGGCGACGACGCCUGUCAAGCUCGAGGAGGACGUGCCGAUGACGGACGCGGACGCGGGUACCGCGGCCGAAGCCGGCGGCGACGCCGCCGCCGCCGGCGCGCCGGCGCGCAGCUCCAUACUGACUCCCUACGCGCGGCCGCACGGCGGGGACGGCGACGACGAAGAGGAGGCGGCUCGGCGGCGGCGGCGGGAGGCGGAGGAGAGCGCGGACCCGCUGCUGGCGUCGCGCGUGCCGCCGCGGCCGUCGGACGCGGAGCUGCGGGCGCUGCUGGCGGCGCCGCCGCUGAGCUACGGCGAGGCGCGCGGCCGGUGGGACGACGAGCGCGACGGCGCCGCCAUCGGCGGCCGGCGCUACCCGCCCCGCGUCUUCUGCGAGGUCUGCGGCUACUGGGGCCGCGUGCGGUGCAUGAAGUGCGGGGCGCGCGCCUGCGCGCUCGACUGCCUCGAGACGCACCGCGAGGAGUGCGUCGCGCGGUACGGCCUGUGA